AUGUCUUCGAAAUAUCCUCUGAAAGAAACAGACUGGGAUGAUCCCAUUCCAGUCGUGAUACCCGCUACAUCUGGAACAUCUGGAAUCGUCUCCAGCCAGCCGGUUAGUCAAAUCUUCGAAUUUUUACUAUGGCUCGGAAGGAAUAUUGAUAUCCAGAGCUUUCAUGAUAAAUUUCUCGAAGAAACCCGCCAAUCCCAGCUACAAGUAAACCAGGGGAUUGGAGCGAUCGAUGACAAUGAGCCGUUUGAUUUUGAAUCAUUUCCAGAAACAAGUUCCAGGAAUGCAUCUUCACAGAUACGGGAACGAGAUCUUUUCUCAGGCUAUAGCGCCAUUCAAGCCUAUGGUGUUGAGGCAGGCAAUAGUCAAGAGGAAGCCACAGGAAACAUUGACCAAAGCGGGAGAGAAGUCGAUGUACCUCAGUAUAAUGAAUAUAGAGCCACACAAACCUUCAGCAUUGACACUUCAGAUAAUCAGGAAGAGACUACAGCAGACACUACUCAAAGUGGAAGCGAAUCCUAUCGAUAUAAUGUAGGAUCUUGGGACUUGGGAGCGGGUGCGCGACUUCCCUGGUAA